AUGCGUGACUCAGUAGAUGAAGACGAGAACGCCAGUCUCCUUCAUCGGAGGAGACUGUCCAUCAUCGACCAGCCAUUUGGUCUGUUCAGGGGUCCAAAUUCGCUUCACAAUUUCGCUUCCUCGUUCACCAGAGCCCAAUCUUUCGCCGCCCAUAAAAUCGAUUCUGAUAUAAAAAAGAAAAGAUCUUUUUUCGCGGGUGCCAACGGAGAGAAUCAGCCAGAUGAACUUUACGAUCCAACCCUUAUGGUACCCCUGCCACAGGGAGAAAGACUAAGCAACCUUUUGAAUGAGUAUAGUUCAUACAGAUCUGGAUUUUCUUCGUUUUCACCUUAUAACGAGGUGUUCUACCAAGAUGAUAUUGUCAACAUCAUGAACCAAAACCGGUCUCGUCAGAAUUCGAUGAUUGGAGCUCCCAACACCGCUGCUAUUCCAAUACCAUCCAAGAGACUUACACUGUCGAGAUCGUUCUCUUCGAUGAGACUGGGUCUUUCAUAUGCAUCUACUGCCUCUCACUUCAGUUUGAAGAAGGUAGAAGAUUCCGAUGGAAAUGUCGUCACUGUGAUCGCAGGUCAAAGUACAGCGCCCCAAACUGUCUUUAACUCGGUCAAUGUGCUUAUUGGCGUUGGUCUUUUGGCUUUGCCCGUUGGCCUCCUCAAAACGGGCUGGAUUCUCGGCUUGCCACUUCUCAUUUUGUGUUGUCUUACCACAUUUUGGAGUGCCCUUCUUUUAUCGAAAUCGCUAGAUACUGACGCAACGUUGAUGACUUACGCUGAUUUGGGAUACGCAUCAUAUGGCUCUGCUGCAAAACUCUUUAUUUCAUUACUAUUCUCGGCUGAUCUUUUGGGUCUGGGUGUCUCUCUCGUCCUUCUUUUUAGUGAUUCCCUAUUCUCUCUCUUGGGUGAUGAUGUCUACUGGACGAAAACAAAUUUGAAGCUUCUUGCUUUCUUCGUGUUGACGCCUUUCACAUUCAUGCCCUUGCCAGUUCUCUCCGUCUUCUCGUUGUUCGGUAUCAUUUCCACCAUUUCGAUCACCAUAUUGGUUUUCCUUUGUGGUUUAAUUAAGCCGUACUCGCCUGGCUCCCUAAUCCAGGUUAUGCCCACCAACUUCUGGCCACAAUCCAUUCCUGACUUCUUUCUUGGUCUCGGUAUCUUAAUGGCUCCCUUUGGAGGACAUGCAAUUUUCCCAAAUUUGAAAUCAGAUAUGAGACAUCCUCACAAAUUUUCUAAAACCCUUGUCUCUACCUACUCUAUUACUUUACUAACUGACUGCUCAAUGGCCAUCGUCGGUUUUUUGAUGUUUGGCGCAUUGUGCAAUAAUGAAGCUACAAGUCUUCUACUUGAAACAGAAGGUUAUCCAAAAUGGGUCUACCCUCUCAUUAGUGGACUCAUUUGUGUGGUUCCUCUCGCAAAAACCCCAUUAAAUGCAAAGCCUAUCAUUUCUACUUUGGAUUCUAUGUUUGGAAUUGACCACCAGUAUGCCGAGGACUCUCUCGCUGCCAGAAUUAUUAAAAACUUUGGUAAAUUUGCAACAAGAAUCGGUGUUAAUGCUUUGUUUGUUGGUUUUGCAAUUCUUUUGCCUGAAUUUGACAAGAUUAUUGGAAUAUUGGGCUCUUCUAUUUGUUUCAUUAUUUGCAUCAUUUUACCUUGUUUAUUUUACUUGAAUUUGUGCAAGGAUAGCAUUCAAUCAUUCGAGAGAGCUUACAUUUGGGUAGUCAUAAUUGUUUCGCUUACAUUGGCCACAGUUUGCACUGCUAUUACUAUUAUGUAUUAG